UGCAGCCUGACCUCGCCUCCACCGCCAGCUCCACUAUAUAAGCCGCAGCUUCCCUCCACACACACGCUCCCUCGCUCCUCCGCCGCCAUGAAGAUCGCCAUCCUCCUCGCCCUCGCGGCCGUGGCCCUCGCAGAAAAGCUGCCCGGCGCCGCCCCUCCCGUCAUCGCCAUCCUCAGGAGCAGCCAAGUCAACCCCGACGAGCUCGGCGCCCACAGCUCCGACUUCGAGGCCGAGAACGGCAUCGUGUUCCAGUUCUCGGGCUCCGAGGGUGUCAACGGCGGAGCCAACAUGGUCGGAUCUUUCAGCUACCCCCAGGAGGACGGCUCUCUGGCCGAAGUCAAGUUCGUGGCCGACGAGAACGGCUUCCAGCCCGAGUCCUCCCUCCUGCCCGUGGCCCCCGCCUUCCCCCACCCCAUCCCCCAGUUCGUCCUCGACCAGAUCGAGUUCGCCCGCCUCGAGGACGAGCGCAAGGCUCGCGAAGGAAAAAACUAAUGUUUAUGUGAUAUGCUGUUAUAGAAUUGUGUCCUGCCGUCCUGUAGCCUAAUGUACUCAUAUUUAUAAAAGCAUAUUGCUUGUUGUAAAUAAAAGAACACGCCAUGA